CAGACGACGACACAGCAUCUACAAUCCCAAGAAGUAGCACUUGGAACCUACCUGACCAAAGAGAAUAACUUUUAUCUCAAUCUCUGCAACACCCUUGUGAAACAAUGGUCAAGGUUUUCGUCACCGUACUCCUUGUAAUGACAGUCUUGUCAAUGACUUUGUCGGCUUCUUUGGCUCAACCCCGGUACAGGCGUGCUUUGGUGGAAAUUGAUGACCCAGAUGAAGUGAUACGAGUUUUGACAGGAAUAAUGGAUAACUUGAUUUCUUCCGAGAGUGUUAAAACUGAUAAACGAGGCCUAGACUUAGGAUUAUCACGUGGGUUUUCUGGAAGUCAAGCUGCUAAACAUUUGAUGGGACUAGCGGCAGCCAACUUUGCCGGUGGACCCGGUAGACGACGUCGUGACGUCAGCGAAGAAGAAUGAUUGGAAUGCCAGUGUUUCCAGUAGAGAUGGCACUAAUAUUCAAUCGCCACUAGUAUAUAAACAUAGAAAUAACGCACUCUAAUAUGAAAUUUGCACAAUGAAGAUGUGAAUUGUUGUACUCGUUCUAACAAUAAAAUACUUUCUGCACUAGAA